AAAAACUAAUAAUAAUAAUUUCAAUCGAAGUAUCACUAAUUAAUUAAUAAUCAUCGUGUCAAGCUGAAAAGAGAAUACUCCGCGCCACCGUCAUCCGCCGAUAAUAUUAAUAUAAUCGUGUAUUUGACAUUUGUGCCGUUGUGUCGUCGUCAACAUCUCGCGGUCACCAAUAGGCUCUAAUUACAGAAUUUAUUAUCGCCUUGGUCGUCACUGGUUAAUUCGUUAUUACAUUAUAAAAUUUUUUACAUUCCUGUCGUCGUCCGUUGAGUUUAUUUUUAUUUAACAAAAUAAUAAAAUAAAUAUCAUAAUUUUCGAAAGUUCAAAGCACGGCCGAUCUAUCAGUUUAUCAUCCCUACGAUUUUCCCUGAUUUGAUAUAAAUAUUUUCGUGACAAUUUUAUCACUGGCCGAAUUUAUAAUUUUUAUUUAUUUCGAUUUUCGUGUCACUCGUUUGUGUGGUAUGAGUAUUAUACUAAUCUGUUACUUGUUAGUGGGAUCAUCUAACCCGAUUGGCGAUCGCCAGCACUCGUAAAGUCGUAAUUAAAUAAGUAAAUAACAUCCAAUUCAAUUAUUAUCGAUACAAAUAACAACUUUAUAUUGUGUUAUUAUUAAUUAUUUAUAUUUCAUUGAUUUACUGCUGUGCCUGUGCGUCAAGCGCGACUACGAUCAUUCGCCAUAUUGAUCGCGUAACGCGUUAUCAAUAUUUUAUUAUUAUUGUGCUCGGUGUUUGUUUUGGGUUUCGCGCCGACCAGCCAGCCACACACCGACACCGCACGACGGACAAGUGUGAAGUGAUAAAAAAUAAUAAUUUGCUGUAACACACUAACACGACAACGGAGCUCGAAACGCAGCCGCCGCCCGCCGUAUACGGUAGACGGAAGUCCUUUUUACGACUUUGUUUCUAUUCUACUUUAGUAUUUCGUAGGCCGUUCUUGUUUGCGGCGGUUUCCUCUGUCGGCCGCGUCUGUCACCCUUGUCGACGCAGUUAGAUAAUAAUAAUAAUAAUAAUAAUAACAAUAGCUGUUGUAUUGUAUUUUUGUUAUUGCUGAUUGCCGAUCGUGAAAAAAAUGCCGGACACGAAACCACUGUUGGACAACGGCGAUUUGACCGCUCUAAAAGCGUCGGAAGCAGAUUCUCCUUCAUCAUCCAUUAUUGAUUCCAAUACAUUAUCUACUAAUGUACCAAAUGAAAAUUCAGAUUUUACAGUUCCUGAGAUGGGACCUGAAAAUGCUGCCUCUAAAGUGACGUGUAGAGUUUGUCAAGAAAUGAUUGAUGUUAUCGGUAAAAGGGAACAACAUGUUGUAAAAUGUAAUCGCUGCAAUGAAGCUACUCCAAUAAGAAGUGCUCCAGCAGGCAAGAAAUAUGUACGCUGUUUGUGCCAUUGUCUUUUGAUUUGCAAAAGUACAUCACAACGUAUUGCUUGCCCCCGUAUAAACUGCAAAAGAGUUAUAAACUUGGCGCCAAGUCCUGUAACACCACCGAUUCCUCAGGUUCCAGGAAUGUGUCGUGUUACUUGUGUGCACUGCCAGGAUACAUUCCUUUUUAACAUGUUACAAAAUGCAUUGGCUAGAUGUCCACAUUGCCGUAAAGUGUCUUCUGUUGGUCCUGAAUUUGCCAAAGCAAAAGCCAUAUUUUUCCUCAUAUUAUCUGUUAUACUGUUUAUUAUUGGUGGGGGUGUUGUAUUCUUUACAUACUCAAAUGCAAAGACUCACAACGGUUAUUUCAUUAUUCAUAUUGGAAUCCUCAUGUUAACACUUUUAGCACUUUGGAAAUGUUUAUACUAUUGCCGAAUUAAAGUCAGCUCAAUCGAUGGACCUGUUUAAAAAAUAAUAAUAACUUGUAUCAUUAGAAUAUUGGUCAUUUUAAAUGUUAAAAAAAAUUAUUUUAUACUAUGGUAAAUAAUUAUUGUAGUUUUAUACCACUUGUUUUUUUUUUUUUUUUUUUUUUUUUAAUAUUAAAUGUAUUUGUUGAAUCUUAUAAUACGAAGAAAAUGAUUCUAUUUACAAGUGUACACUUGUGCAGUGAUGUUGAAUAAUAAUAAUAAUUCCAUAUUAUUACUAUUUUUGAUGACCAUAAUCUUCUAUUUUAAGUAAAACAAAAAAAAAUAAAGGAUUAAGACAUUCUUCUAUCUAACAUUUAUAAAAUGC